AUGCCGACGCCCAGAAGUCCCCUGGCUGAUGCUGGGCGCCAAAGCCUGCGUUUUUCCUCGGCGGCAAAGUCGAAACUUUCCUUUUCCUCCACGACUUCUGCCUCGUCGAGUCUUCGAUCCGCAUCAACAUCGUCCAUGCUGCCGCCACGCUUUGACAAAAGCGAUGAGAAUACGCCCUGGUCGACAUUCAUUCCAGUCACCUUAGCAGAAGGUGUGGUCGAACAACGACUGGAAUUACCAUGUGACGGGCCACCGGGAGUUCUCUCAGUGGUGACGUUCUCUCCUCGUGGUCCACGCACCGCACGCACCCAGACUGCUGUUCUUUGUUGCGCAGGUUGCUAUGAAUGCCUCGAAGGGCCUAGCUGUCUCUACAAUCGCCUAGCUUCGGAACUUCCACAGCAAGGCUACACUGUGGUACAGCUGGCCUAUCGACCACCUGCAGAUGAUGAAGAGGAAGCUACUGAAGAUGUCAUGACCUGCAUCGAUUGGUUGGCUAAUCGUUUUGGAUCUCUGGUGCUCGUCGGUUGGUCCAUGGGCUCGGCGGCAGUGGUCGAGGCUGCCUACCUGCGGCGCCACCUGCCUUCCCUUGUUGGCAUUGUUACUCUGGCAGCACAAACGAGUGGCACGCGCAACGCUAAGCACCUGCAGGUGCCCCUGCUGGCGCUGCACGGCGAGGAAGACAAAGUCUUACCUGCAGAAUGCUCCAGAACAUUGGUGCAACGUGCUGUUUCACAUGGUGCAAAUGCCAAACUGCCUCCCACGGAAGAGGAUGCAGAGGUGGAUGAGUCAGCACAAGAGAUGCGCCUGCAGGAGUGGAUCAGCAGCAGCCCUCCGCUGGUGAACAUCGUUGGGCCAUUGUUGGCCAAACCAGGUCCACAGGCGAGAGAAGCGGUGCGUGCUGAGCUUGAGGAUUCUGAGUCAGCACCUUGGCCCUUCGGCGCCGUCGAUGCCGUUGUUGAGGUGAAGAAGGCGAAGAAGUCCAAGAAGCCAAAGGUAAGUUCUGAAGCUCCUGGCUACGAUCUGUACAACGAGGACAUUCCCAUGGAUGUCUUCAUGGCUUGUGAGGACCACACACGGAGGACCUCAGAUGGUGUUCCUGUCUUGGAUUUGUUGUCGUCUGAUGAGGAUGAACUCACACAGCUGUGA